AUGGCCGCUUCCACCAUGUCCGUCUGCUCUGACGCCUGCACCAGCGCCUCCUGGCAGGUGGACGACUGUCCAGAGAGCUGCUGCGAGCCCUCCUGCUGCGCCCCCAGCUGCUGCCAGCCCAGCUGCUGUGCCCCCUGCCUGACCCUGGUCUGCACCCCAGUCGGCUGUGUGUCCAGCCCCUGCUGCCAACCCGCCUGCACCAGCUCCUGCACGCCCUCGUGCUGCCAGCAGUCUUGCUGCCAGCCGGCCUGCUGCACCUCCUCCCCCUGCCAGCCGUCCUGCGGUGUGCCCGUCUGCUGCAAGCCCGUCUGCUGUGUGCCCGUCUGCUGUGGGGCUUCCUCAUGCUGCCAGCCCUCUUGCUGCCAGCAGUCUAGCUGUGUGCCCUCUUGCUGCCAGUCCUCCCCAUGCCAGCCGUCCUGUGGUGUGCCCGUCUGCUGCAAGCCUGUCUGCUGUGUGCCCGUCUGCUGUGGGGCUUCCUCAUGCUGCCAGCCCUCUUGCUGCCAGCAGUCUAGCUGUGUGCCCUCUUGCUGCCAGUCCUCCCCCUGCCAGCCGUCCUGCGGUGUGACCCUCUGCUGCACACCUGUCUGCUGCAAGCCCGUCUGCUCUGGACCCUCCUCAUGUUGCCAGCCGUCCUGCUGA